AGGCAGAUUUCAUAGUUCAUUCCAUCAACCAGCAUUUAUUAAACACCUGCUAAGUUCCACAUACUGUCCUAUCCACUUGGACACAAAAUUGUGAAAGGGUUCCUGCUCCCAAGAAAUUUACAUUCUUAUAUGACAAACAUGUAUGUAUACAAUUCAGAUAUGAGGUCAGUUUGGAGAAGGCAUUGGGGAUCACGCAAGGGGACCAGGAAAGCCUUCCUGCAGUAAGUGAUGCAUGAGCCUCAUGAGUCUUGAAGGAAACCAGGGAUUCCAGCAGUCAGAAGUGAAGAGGGAUACAAUUCCAGAAUUUGGUGGACAGCCAGUGCAAAAGGCAUGGAGAGAGACUUUUAUGGGAGGAGUGGCAAGUGGCCCAGUAUGGAUGCUUUGCAAUAGAUUGUGUGGAUGGGACUUAUGAAUAUCACUAGAGUGUCUUUAUUCUGGCAAAAUAAUAUAGUCAAAUUGUAAUUUACAUGUAGAAAUAAGGUUGGGUUUUUUGUUGUUUUUUUUGCCCUUCUACUAUAUGUUACUUGCUAUAUGCAGUAAAUUGCUGCAUAGCAUGAUUUGGUCAUGUCUAAGGAUGAUUUAGGUCACUUUUCACUUAAAAAUAUUAAUAAACUCUUCUCAUAAAAUAACCACAUUUUUUCUUCAUAAGGUUGUAGUUACUAAAGAGACCAGGGAAAUGUUAAAUAUUAAAUAAACAGCUAGGCAUUAUAAAUAGAAUUCAAUACAACCUAUUAUUGGGACCCCUGUUAUUUUCUAUUUGUUUGUUUAAAAUCUUUAAAAAUACCACAUGUAUGCUGAAAAUAGUGCUACUGAAUUACAGAUUAUUAGCCUUGCUUUAAAUUAGCCACAAUCUACAAUCUGAUUUAAGCAGAUCCAGAGUCUCCACAGAAGAAAGAUCAGAUGACUUAUGAGCUAUGACUUUAUCUCAUGUCCUGCUAUAAUAAACAGCCCUUUAAGCUUCUAGGGAUCUUGGAUGUCCAAAAUGUACCCUGUGCACGAGACUCUGUACUCUACGGCUCAUUAGGAUCUGUUAUAGCUGGCUUUGGACAUUUUUUAUUUACUAGUAGAGUUAGAAGAUCUUGUGACAUUGCAGUAGGAGUAUUUAUUUUGGGAACUUUAGGAUGCUGGUUUCCUUGUAGAUAUAAUUAUGCAAAGCAAAGAAUCCAGCAAAGAAUCUUCCAGGAAGGAAUAAAAAACAAGAUUUUGUUUGAAAGCACCCACCUUGAUCCUGAAAGAAAACAAAUCAGCACCAAAACCAGCAACUCUUAAUCUAGGUCAGAAGGCUAAGGAACAACUUAAAGCCUUCCUUGAAAUCACGGACUAUGAGCAAAGUUGAUCAGCUGUAGAAACAUUUAACAGGGACACUUGAAAAAAAUGGAAAUUUUAUUUAAAAAAUAUCUGCAGUGUAUAGAAGUGUUUAACAUUUCAUUCUCUGUACUGUAAACGUCAAACCUUUCUGCUAGUAUAACACGAUCUAGAAUUUGUUAGUGUUAUAUGGGUGAAAUAAAUAACAAAAUUAAGUGU